CUAAAGUGCCCAAAGCAAAAUAGAUACAAUAAAACAGAUAACGACAGUUUCGAUUUUUCCCAAAAACUUUGCUAUAAUCGACAUACAUUUUUAGUAUGAAACGAAAGCUAAGUGGAGAAACAACGCGCAAACGAAAGUUGAGAAUAUCUAGUAAUUACUAGAUAAAUAAAAAAAAAUACCAGUCUACUCAGUUGUGCGAUACUAAAAAUAAUAUAUUCCCGUAGUACAAAAGAACACUGAAUAUGGGAAGAAUUAACGGACUUUUGCUGGGUGCGCUGGUGCUACUCGCAACGGCUGUGAGCUACAGCGCAACCGCUCCCGCUCAUGAUGUCUUCGUGAAAUUCGACACUGCAAUUGAAAGCACUGUGUUUGAAUUUUACGUAAAUCUGUUUAAAUACUUAUACCAUGCCUUGAUUAAGACUAGCGAACUGUUGGAAAGUGUUUUAAAGGAUGACACUAUUGUGCGGAAUAACAACAUAAACCAGACUAAAGUACUAUUCCAAGGCUACAUUGCUGAAACUACGGAGCGCCUUAAGCCACCACCAACAAAUAUGACGAAAUUGGAUGGUUUCCUGUGCAUCGUCGCCAACAUACACACAUUAAAUUUGUUCGGAGACAUCGUGAAGCGUUACAAUACCACCUCGCUGCCGACACCUUCCGAUGAGUAUAGACUAAUUGAGGCGGCAUUAAAACGCCAUGGCCUGGACGAGUUGAUAAAUAAUUUGAAAAUCCGUAAGACGGAAUUUAUCAAUGAAUUUUUGCUCAAAAUGGAUAUUGUUGUCACGGAUCUGUCGGAGGAGGAUAAAAUUAAGAACCACAAGCUGGUGGAAUGGUAUCAGAAUUAUCGAAACUCCACUGAAGAGCAAAGAGCGAAUGAUAUCUUUACGCAUUUCGCACAGAUGUAUGCACGAUUUUGAAAGUUAAUAAUUGUUUUUAACCAAAUGUGAUGAUAUGAGGUAGAAAAGAAUUUCCGCUAAAAAAAAUAAUUGCGAUUGCUAACCAUCAAAGCGUUUAUAGUCAAUAAAUGAAUCAUAUUUGCAGAUAAGAAUGCUCGUUAUCGUUAUGGGCUUUGCGGGGCCAGUCUAUGUAAAUGCUAAGUGUGUGUUACAUACACAGCUGUUUAAGUUUAUCACUCACCAGAUGUACAAAUGGUGUGAAUAUUACUUGUAGAAGUGACACUUUAUCAUGUAGUUGAAAUAUAUAUAGAAAUACAUAAUUAUUUAUUGUUUGACAUAUGUA